AUGAGUGAAAACAGAAAUGAAGGUUCCCGCCCAGCUGCUGAAGCUGAGAGCGAUACCCACAGGAAAGGCACCCCCUUCAAACUCAGGGAUCAGCAGAAAUUGUUCUCCAAAAAGAAGGUCUAUAAAAUAGUGCAGGAGAAGAUAUUGAUGUUGCAGCAGGCAAGCCAGCAGAUGCAGUGCCUCCCACCAGGAGAUCAGCAACCGCAACAUACACAAGCCUCCAGGAAGCAGGAAAAGAAGAUGGGCAACUUACUGUCUCAGAUCGUCAAUCUCAUAUGGUCUAACACUAUGAAGAAACUGAAGUUCAAAGUACCUCCCCCUUGCCCAGACUCUAGAUGUGCCAUUAAAGCUGGGCACCAGGCCCUGCCACCUUGGCAGACUAGCCAACCCAGGCCUAGCCUGGGUGGUUUUGAGGCUGCCCUUGCUAGCUGUACCCUAUCCAAGCGUGGGACCAGGAUCUGUGAGUUUUACCACUUAAGCUUCCAGAGCUAUGAGGCCUAUCAGACCAACAAAUACCACAAGGAUGAGAACCCUUCGGGCUACAUCAACCUUAGUACCAGCGAGAACAAGCUUUGCCUUGACCUGAUAACAGCAAGGUUGACUCAGAGUGACAUGAACAUCCUUGAUGAGGCCCAGCUGCAGUACUCCGACUGGAAAGGACAACCCUUCCUUUGGGAAGAGCUGGCUAGCUUCUUGACCUACUACUGCAAGGCACCUACACCCCUUGACCCAGAAAAUGUGGUGGUUCUAAAUGGUUGCUCCUCGGUUUUUUCUUCACUGGCCAUGGUUCUGUGUGACCCAGGUGAUGCCCUUCUGAUCCCCACACCAUGCUACAAUGGCUUCAGCUUCAGCUCCUACCUCUAUUCGAAAGUGGAGCUUAUUCCUGUCUACUUGGAGAGCCAGGUCACUGGGACCAACUCCUGUUCUUUCCAACUCACUGUGGAUAAGCUUGAGCUUGCCCUGACUCAGGCUAAGAAGAAGGCAAAAAAGGUCAAGGGCCUUGUGCUCAUCAACCCCCAGAAUCCUUUGGGUGAUGUCUACACUCCAUUGUCACUGCAAGAAUACCUGGUCUUUGCUAAGAAGCACAAGCUGCAUGUGAUCAUGGAUGAGAUUUACAUGCUGUCUGUGUUUGAGCCGUCUGUCACAUUUCACAGCAUUCUGAGCAUAAAAGACUUGCCUGAUCCUAACAUGAUCCAUAUGAUCUGGGGCACUAGUAAGGAUUUUGGUAUAUCUGGUUUCCGCUUUGGUGUUCUCUAUACACACAACAAGGAGGUAGCCUCAGCCAUGAAAGCUUUUGGCUACCACCACGGUGUCUCUGGCAUUACUCAGUACAAGCUGUGCCGACUGCUUCAGGACAAAGAGUGGAUCAAUAAGGUGUACCUUCCUGAAAACCAUAGCCGGCUCCAGAAGGCUUACAGCUAUGUCACUAAUAUACUGAAGGACUUGAAGAUCCCCUUUCACAACGGUGGCUCUGGCCUCUUUGUCUGGAUCAACUUGAAAGCUUAUCUGAGUCCAUGCACAUUUGACCAAGAGCAGAUCCUUCUCCAACGCUUCCAGGACAACAAGCUCUUGUUAUCUAGUGGCAAAUCCUACAUGUAUAUAGAGCCUGGCUGGUUCCGCCUCAUCUUUGCAGAAAACCACCUUCAAGUGGCCAUGAAUCGGUUCUGCCAUGUGCUCUCUGAACAAAAAAAAGACAUGAUAAUGGAACAGCAGGAGCAGACAACAGACAUAGAGUGCUGCCUCCACCCAGUGCCUCCAGAGAGCCUGCUGUCACUUGCUCAGGGGCCCCUGAAAGUAGCCUCGUGGCCAGAAGACAGUAGGAGGAAUUGGAGCCACUGUGCUGUCUGACCUCACUCAUCAAGCCCCCUAAGCUGAGUGUCUGACCUUUUUAGAAGCCUUGUUUCUCUUAGUCUUUGCUAGCUAGCCUGUGCUCAAAAAUGAUGUUUUUAUUGUGGUAGGAGGGGGAAGGCCUAAGGAACCCUGGAGGGGUAAAGGCACUUCCCUGGAUUCCUUUUUAGAUGGAAUUUUUGUUUUACAUUCACCAUUUAAUAAAAGUCAUGCUCUAUUUUCUCCA